AAAGGGCUUGUCCCAGUCAGCCUUGCCCUACAGGCGCAGCGUGCCGACGUGGCUGAAACUUACUUCUGAUGAUGUAAAGGAACAGAUCUACAAGCUCGCCAAAAAAGGCCUUACUCCCUCGCAGAUUGGUGUGAUCCUGAGGGAUUCCCAUGGUGUUGCCCAGGUUCGCUUUGUUACUGGCAACAAAAUUUUGAGAAUCCUUAAAUCGAAGGGACUGGCCCCAGACCUUCCAGAGGAUCUUUACCACUUGAUCAAGAAAGCUGUUGCUGUUCGCAAACAUCUUGAGAGAAACAGAAAGGAUAAAGAUGCCAAGUUCCGCCUCAUUCUGAUUGAAAGCAGAAUCCAUAGGUUGGCUCGCUACUACAAAACUAAGAGAGUGCUGCCACCCAAUUGGAAGUAUGAAUCAUCAACAGCUUCUGCCCUGGUCGCGUAAGAGUUGGCUAUGACCUGAAAGAAUAAAUUUUCAUUAACCAAGUUUG